CAGGCAGCAAAGUCCCAACAUCAAAGCCUCUUCACCGUUUCUCUUUACUAAAACCCAACACAACUCCAGCCUUUAAACCCCACUAACGAACAAACCAGGAAACCCCACCCUCCAUGUCCCCUCUCACGCGCCUCUCCGGCCAAAAACACUUCUUCCUCACGCGCCACCUCUCAUCCUCCACCGCCUCCUCAAAACUGCACGAUAUUUAUUGCUUCAAGCCGCCACCUUCCCUAUCCCCUGAAAAACCCCAGACCUCCAACAACAACAACAACAACAACAAAAAGAAGCAAAAACCCGAAUAUCGCCCACCUUCUUCUCUUGAAACCAACAAGAAACCCUUGCGCUCCGACUUACCAUUCGAUUUCCGUUUUAGUUACACGGAGAGUAGCCCAGAUGUGAGGCCCAUUGGGCUUAGAGAGCCCAAGUACUCACCUUUUGGGCCGGGCCGGCUAGACCGGACUUGGACUGGAGUUUGUGCACCGGCUGUCGACCUGAAGGUGAAGUCGGUUGAUGAUGGGGUGGGUGAGGAGGGUCUUGAUUUGGAAGAGAAACGAACGGUUAUGAGAGAGAAGAUUCAAGGGAAGCCAUUAACUAAGGCGGAGGGGAAGAUUUUGGUGGACAAGUGUCAGAGGAAUAAAACUAAGAAGCAAAUUAAUUUGGGAAGAGAUGGUUUAACUCACAACAUGCUGAAUGAUAUUCAUAAUCACUGGAAACAUGAUGAAGCAGUCAGAGUUAAGUGUAUGGGUGUUCCAACUGUUGACAUGAAAAACGUCUGCACCCAGCUUGAGGAUAAAACCUUUGGGAAGAUCAUUCAUAGACAUUGUGGUCUACUUGUGUUGUAUAGAGGCAGGAACUAUCAUCCCAGGAACAGGCCCGUGAUUCCAUUGAUGCUGUGGAAACCUCAUGAGCCUGUAUAUCCCAGGCUGAUCAAAACCACUAUCGAUGGCCUAAGCAUCGAGGAGACAAAGGAAAUGAGAAAGAGAGGACUUGCAGUUCCAGCUUUAACAAAACUUUCCAGAAAUGGCUAUUUUGGUAGCCUGGUACCCAUGGUCAGAGAUGCUUUUCUCGUCAGUGAGCUUGUUCGAAUAGACUGCCAGGGCCUUGACAGGAGUGAUUCCAAGAAAAUAGGCUGCAAACUUAGGGACCUGGUUCCUUGUAUCCUUGUAACAUUUGACAAGGAGCAGAUUGUGGUAUGGAGGGGGAAGGACUAUAAGCCUCCAGAAGAUGAGGAUGAACAGUUCUUUGCUGAUCGACAACCUUUUGAUGAUCCAAAGAGCGAUAUGGAUUGUAUCAAAGAGAAACUUAGCUCAGAUGAAACCAGAUUUCAGCUAGACAAUGAGUAGCGGCAAUGGUGCACUGUGUACAUUGUACGGGUUGACAAUUAAAUUACUGCGACCACUCUCUUCCCCCGAUGUCCAAACCUCCACAGGAAGUGGGAGUAGUUUAAGAUUAAGGUUAGGUUGUGUGCGCAUCAGAUGGAUUUGGCAGGCCGAUUAUCGUACAGAUAUCACUGUCAUGUGAGUAUCUCAGUCUAUUUUUCUAACAGUUGAUAUUUCAGAGUUUUGGAGCAGAAGAUGCUAGUGGUGUGCGCAGGACCAUUACCGAGGACUGAAAAGGAGUCUUGUAAAUCUAGAUCCGAAAAAGAAUGUUUACUUUUGCUUUGAUUUUUUUUUCUAUUUCAUAUUGUUGAACUUUUAUCGGGGAAAUCGUCAGUGGAUGCGCCUUUUCCGCUUGAUGGGCUGCAGACUUUUCAUGUGCAGAAUACGAUCUUCAUCUUUGAAGCUAUAAAAAGUUUGCUGAGCUGUAAGGAGUCGUGCUGAUGCUCAGUGGAACCUCAGAUUUUGGAAAUUGGAAUCCUCAAAUUCUCAAGUGAAGAUACAGAAGCUACUCGCGCUGUCCCUCAACUAGACCAACAUAUGCUCAUGGCACUUGGCAGUGUCAGCACUCAGCAAGUUUGUCUCUAAAUUAUUACUCUUAUUGUUUUUUUAAUCAAAUAUUCAUUAAUAUUGUACAUGCCUUCGUUGCAUGUCAAGCAAUGAACAAUAUAUACUGUACAAAUAAAUUUAACCCUUUUAAAUUCGUAUGGUGAAAACAUAAAUUAUGGUAUUAAA